AUGGGACAAGGUCCCAGCGCACUACAAACGUGCAUCAACGGCAUUGCCGACGGCCGCGGAGGCUUUGCAGCAUACCCAAACCAACCUCUAUACCAACUAUCAUGGGUCAAGCCAUAUAAUCUCGAUAUCAAAGUGGUCCCCGAGGCCGUUGUGAGGCCUAAGGAUACCAACGACGUUGCGGAGGUGAUCAAGUGUGCGACUAAGAAUGGGUACAAGGUGCAGGCCAAGUCGGGAGGGCAUUCAUUUGGGAAUUAUGGCCUUGGAGGAGGUCAAGAUGGCGUUAUCACUAUCGACCUCAAGAACUUCCAGCAGUUCUCUAUGGACAACAAAACAUGGCAAGCCACAAUAGGUGCCGGCAGCCGUCUUGGAGAUGUCACGGAUAGAUUACACGAUGCGGGCGGCCGAGCUAUGGCGCAUGGCGUGUGUCCUGAUGUUGGAAUCGGUGGACAUGCUACCAUUGGCGGCCUCGGCCCAAUGUCGCGUAUGUGGGGAAGUGCUUUGGACCAUGUCGUGGAGGUGGAAGUGGUAACUGCUGAUGGCAAGAUUCAGCGCGCGAGCGAGACUCAAAACUCUGACCUGUUCUGGGGCCUCCGAGGAGCCGCCUCAAGUCUUGGCGUCAUCACCAAGUUCGUCGUGCGCACCCACCCCGAGCCGGCCAAUGUAGUCCAGUACACCUACAACUUCAUCUUCGGCAAAUCCGCCGACGUUGCCUCAACCUACUCCGCCUGGCAAGACUUGAUCUCCGAUCCCAAACUCGAUCGCCGCUUCGGCUCCGAAUUCAUCCUCAACCCCACCGGCGCUAUCAUCACCGGAACCUUCUAUGGCACCGAAUCCGAGUACCGUGCCACUGGAAUCCCCGACCGUCUACCCGGCAAAAAGGAGUGGGUAGGCAACAACGACUGGUUAACCGCUUUCGCCCACGACGCCCAAAACGAAGCUCUCUACCUCUCCGGCCUUGCCACCCCCUUUUACUCCAAAUCCCUCGCCUUCCGCCGCGAAGAACUCAUCAACACCACCGGCAUUGCCAAUAUCUUCAAAUGGACCGACUCGCAAGCAAAGGGGACACCGCUCUGGUUCAUCAUCUUCGACGCCACCGGCGGGGCUAUCGCCGACGUGCCUAUGAACGCCACGGCUUAUUCGCAUAGAGAUAAAGUGUUGUUCUACCAGAGUUAUGGGAUUGGGAUUCCGUUGAGUGGCAAGACGAAGACCUUUUUGGAGAAUUUCCAUAAUCAGCUUACCAAGUGGACAGGCGCGUUUGGGACGUAUGCGGGGUAUGUUGAUCCGAAGCUGAAAAAUGCGCAGGAUCAGUAUUGGGGAGAGAAUUAUGAGGAGUUGAGGAGGGUGAAGAAGAGGUGGGAUCCAAAGGAGGUUUUUUGGAAUCCGCAGAGUGUGAAGCCUGCGCAGUAA